AUGCAACUGCAAUCAGACAAAUCUCAUCGUCUCGAGGAGAUCAAGACCCAGUUUAGAGCAAGAGAAGGCUACUACAGGCUCAUGAACUCGCCUGAUUACUCACAACGGUCUCAAAGAGCUAUGGGUUUUAGCACUGGUACAACUAACAGUAAUUCCUCUACUACUAGCAAUGAGAAGACAUGUAUCAAGAUCUCACUAGUGACAAUAAAUGAAUAUAAUAAUGACAUUGUAGCAGGCCUUCAACUGCCCAACUCGAACAGUGCUCGUGAUAAGAAGAUUUGUUUCAAUGUUGGACGUGAGCUUUUUGUUUACAAUUAUGAUGGAGUCCGCACUGGACCAGAUGCCAGCAAUCCCAUCUACAAACGGUCUUACAAAGGAUCAUCACCAACCUGCCACGAUUUUAAUCAAGCUACUGCCACUUCUGCAUCAAUACCGCUCCUCGUGGGAUUUUCGCACGGUCAGUUACAAUUGAUUGACUUGAAUGGGUCUGAAGAUCAGGAGGCAUGCAAAGAGUUUAACGUUGAUAGACUUAUCGAUAAAACUCAAGUGACUUGUGUCAAAUGGUUACCUAACUCCUCAAGUCUUUUUCUUGUUGCUCAUGCAAGUGGGCAAUUAUAUUUGUACAAAGAUGAUUUGCCUUGUGGACCAGCAGCACCAACAUACCAGCUAUACAAGCAAUCAGAAGGAGUAACGAUUUAUACCUGCAAGACUAAAACAACUAGAAAUCCCAUUUACAAGUGGAGUAUAGGAGUACAUUGUUCUUUAAAUGAAUUUGCUUUCUCGCCUUGUGCAAAAUAUUUAGCCUGUGUCUCUCAGGAUGGUUUCUUGAGAGUUUAUUGUUAUGACACAAUGGAUCUUGUGGGAAGAGCUAGAAGUUAUUACGGUGGUCUUUCCUGCGUUUGUUGGAGUCCUGAUGGAAAAUAUGUGGUCACGGGAGGUGAGGAUGAUCUUAUCACAGUUUGGUCAUUUGUGGAGCGACGAGUUGUUGCCCGUGGAAUAGGUCACAGAUCUUGGGUGUCAGUAGUAGCUUUUGAUUCCUUCUAUACAGGUUAUGAUCUCAAAGACCGUGAUUCCAGCUCGCCGGCGUCAACCUCUUAUCGCUUCGGUUCGGUUGGACAAGACACCCAAAUUUGUUUAUGGGACUUGACUGAGGACUUGUUGAAGCAACCAAGAGCUAAAUUAAAGAUCAACUCCAUCAGUGGCGCCACUAGUGCAGUGAACCUUACUGGAUUAUCAAAUAAUAUGCACAAUAACGAUGGUGAGCUGUCACAGAACCAUUUAAAUCAGAAAUUAUCUGAGAAUAUUUCGCGAAACGAUACCUCGGAUAAUCUUGGCGAUGUGACAACCGACUUGUCAAACCCAAAAGACAACAGUGUCUCGUCAGCCGUCGGUUUUCUAUCCAACAAGGGCAGUGGAUUUACAAAAACUUUUAGUCUUGUCGGAAAACGAGACAAGCGCAACUUGAGUCAACGCAACUCCAACAAAAAUCAAAACUCUAGAAAUAACUCCAACAUUCUCAACAACAACUCAAAGAGACUAGUCGACGACCCUAAUAAGCUUAUGGGCAGCCCUAUCUGUCCAAGAAUGAACGAAGUGCCCUUAUUAGAGCCAUCGGUGUGCAAAAAAAUAGCCUUUGAGCGAUUGACCUCUCUCAUCUUCUGCAAAGGAGGCUUCAUAACAUCAUGUCAAGCGGGUUAUGUAUUCUCUUGGGCUCGACCGUCUCGUCGUUCACUGAGAAUAAGUCCAGGACAAAGCAAUGAGGAAUUACGCGUCAUUGACGUUGGAACGAGUUCAGUCGUGUGA